GUGAAUCUUUGCAGUGCAUUUUCCAUGACGCUGAGGGAACAAAAAUACAUGCACACAUUGCAAAAUCAGAGGUUGCGAAGUUUGAGCACCUGUUUAGGGAAGGAAAUGUUUAUGCAAUAAGAAAAGUCUUGGUGCUAGACAACUAUAUGAAGUUCAAGACAACAAGGAAUGCUUUCAAGUUGUUAUUCGUCAACAGAACUGAUGCCUUUGAAAUCUCUAACAUUAAUUUUCCAAUGAGGAUGUUUGACUUCACAUCUAUAGCUGCCUUAAAAGAUGCUGAAGUUAUAGACGAAACCUAUGCCAUAGAUGUGAUCGGCAAGGUAACUUCAAUGUCAGACCCAAAGGACCUAACAAAGAAUGGUAAACAAACGAGGUUGCUUGAUCUUACCCUCGGUGAUGCCAAGUACGUAUUAUGAAUAUAUAAAAAUAAACAGUUAGCUGUAAUUUUCCUUUUUGACAUGCUUCUUAUAUUUGUAGUGGAAAUACGAUUGCCUGCACUCUCUGGGAGAACAUGGUAGACGAGUUCAUG